AUGUUGCAAGAUCUAGCUGAUGGAAUGAAUGAGUUUGGACUGGUUGAUUUCCUUAAGAAACACAAAGAUGUUAUUCAACCACAGCUUUUUCCACAGUCAACUGCUUCUAUUAUUAAUAAAGACGACUUAAAAAGAAUUAUUGAAAUUGAAGAAGAAGAAGAAGGCGUUCAUUGUAAUCAACUGAUGUUGUUUUUGAAACAAUACAUUGAUCUAAUUGAUGGGACAACUAGUGGGGCAAAUCUUAAAGAUCUGUUGUCUUUUUGGACUGGGUGUGAUUUACUGCCUGCAAAUGGUGCAAUCCUGCAUCUCAAAGUUGACAGAACAAAAGAUCGUACUCUGCUGCCAGAAAGUAGAACUUGUUUUCAUUUGUUAGUUCUUCCAUGUUAUGAAAACUUCGAUGAAUUGAAAGCUAAACUGGAUAGGGCUUUGCAAUUUGGUUCAAGAGGAUUUACGAAUAUUUGAUCUUGGAACAGUUUAUACAUUUCUUUCAGCAAUAACAUAGCUUGUUACAGCUAAUAUGGAUGAUGCACUAAAUUGAAAUAUUUUUAUUAUUUGUUUUGGAUAUCAUUUUUAUAGUUAAAGACUUAAAGUGAAUAUGUUAAUGUUUCAUUAAAUUUUGUUAUGUCAGUGCA